AUGUCCGAUGACGACCUCGACGCGCUUCUUGACGAGGCGAUGGAUAUGGUUGACGAGCAGGAGCGCAAGCAUGAGGAGGAGGUUCGUGUGCGGGACGCGAAGUUGGAGGACGAUCUGCAAAAGGCUCUCGAUGAGGCUUCUGGCACAGCCGGCGGCGACGCCGACAUGAUGAAGAUGUUCAUGUCCAUGCUCGGCGGCAACGGCGCUGACGACGCGUCUCUCGACAGCUUCAAGAAAAGUGUCAUGACAAUGGUUUCCUCGCUCGAGGGGGAGGAGAAUUUGGGCGACGAGGACAAGGCGAACCUGCUACGAGUUAAGGAGCUGAUGCGCGUGAUGGAGGAGGAGGACAUCGACAAGGCAAAUGACUUACUGGAGCAGAUGAAGCAGGAAGGCAAACUCCCCGACCGCAAUGACGUCGGUGACGCGGAGAUUGAUGAAGCGUCGCGGCGGUGCAUGGAGAUGCUGCAGCAGCUCUCCAGCGCCACGCAGGAAGAGCGCUUGGACCCAGCCGCGACGCCGGGAGCGGCUUCGUCAUCCUCGGCUGCACCACCGGCGGCGACGGCUGGCAACGGCGCCGAAAUUCCUGCCGAGGUGGAUCGUGCAACGGAGGCCAUGGCAUCGGCCUUGAUUUCCACGCUAGCGGAUCCUCAGUUUGUGGAACCCAUAAAGCUUAUGCGCGACUCGUACGGACCGUACAUGGACGCUCACCGCAGCGAGCUGUCGCAGGAGGACUGUGAGCGCUACGACCGCCAACGGGCCAAGGCACAGGAGAUCUGCGACUUGCUGCAGAACCCCAUCUCUGGCGCAGAAGAUCCACGGCUCAUACAACUGCUGGAGCUCAUGAACAAGUACUCGGAGCUAGGUGAUCCGCCGCGCAAUCUAGUGGAGUACGCGCCUAAGAAUCGCAAGGAAGUCGAAGAGUGCCAAUAA